CUGCAAAAAGAUGAAUUGAAAAAUACGCAUCUCUCUCACUUUCUUCAUAAGGCUCUGUGCUCAUGGUUUCUGAUGGUGUGUAUUUAAUGCAUUGUUCCAGGAAAUGGUCCAGUUGUUGCUGUGCAGCUGGAUGUUGCUGAAUAGCAUUUCUAUGAGCUUGCUGUUCAAUCUGUCUGUUGUUCAGAAUGGCCAAGAACCCUAAUUUCCCAGAAGCAGGGAACCUGCCUACAGGCUACGCUCACUGUAGGUCUUCAGACAACUUCCCUGGCUACCAGUAUCACCAUCCCUCCAAGAUGAGUAACAGCCACCCACUCCGUCCUUACACGGCUGUGGGGGAGAUCGACCACGUUCACAUUCUGUCAGAGCAUAUUGGUGCUCUAAUGAACGGGGAGGAAUACAGUGACGUUACCUUUAUUGUGGAAAAGAAGCGUUUUCCAGCACACAGAGUGAUCCUGGCUGCUAGAUGCCAUUAUUUCAGAGCAUUACUGUAUGGAGGAAUGAGAGAAUCUCAGCCUGAAGCAGAAAUUCCUCUUCAGGACACCACUGCAGAAGCAUUUACCAUGCUGUUAAAAUACAUUUACACUGGUCGUGCUACACUACGAGAUGAGAAAGAAGAGGUUCUUCUUGAUUUCCUAAGCCUAGCACAUAAAUAUGGAUUCCCAGAACUGGAGGAUUCCACGUCUGAGUAUCUUUGCACAAUACUUAAUAUUCAGAAUGUCUGUAUGACUUUUGAUGUUGCCAGUCUUUAUUCUCUUCCCAAAUUAACUUUUAUGUGCUGUAUGUUCAUGGAUAGAAAUGCCCAAGAGGUGCUCUCCAGUGAAGGCUUCCUGUCACUUUCUAAGGCUGCUCUUCUAAGUAUUGUACUGAGAGACUCAUUUGCAGCUCCUGAAAAGGACAUUUUCCAAGCUUUGAUGAACUGGUGUAAACAUAACCCCAAGGAAAACCAUGCUGAAAUCAUGCAAGCUGUACGUUUGCCACUAAUGAGUCUAACAGAACUACUGAAUGUUGUAAGACCUUCUGGAUUGUUGUCACCUGAUGCCAUCCUAGAUGCCAUUAAGAUUCGUUCUGAGAGUCGGGACAUGGACCUCAACUACAGGGGCAUGUUAAUACCAGGGGAGAAUAUAGCAACAAUGAAGUAUGGAGCACAAGUUGUAAAAGGGGAGCUGAAGUCUGCUCUGUUGGAUGGAGAUACUCAGAACUAUGACCUGGAUCAUGGAUUCUCUCGACAUCCGAUCAACGACGACUGCCGGUCUGGGAUUGAGAUUAAACUGGGCCAGCCCUCAAUAAUCAACCACAUCCGAAUUCUCCUGUGGGACAGAGACAGUCGGUCUUAUUCGUACUACAUUGAGGUGUCCAUGGAUGAGCUGGACUGGAUCCGGGUUAUCGAUCACUCAAAAUACCUCUGUCGGUCCUGGCAGAACCUGUAUUUUCCUGCCCGUGUCUGCAGGUAUAUUCGAAUUGUUGGGACCCACAACACAGUGAACAAAGUUUUCCAUAUUGUGGCAUUUGAAUGCAUGUUCACGAACAAAUCCUUUACUCUUGAGAAAGGUCUGAUAGUUCCUACUGAAAAUGUUGCAACAAUUGCAGACUGUGCCAGUGUGAUUGAGGGUGUAAGUCGCAGUCGCAAUGCCUUAUUGAAUGGAGACACAAAAAACUAUGAUUGGGAUUCUGGAUACACAUGCCACCAGCUUGGGAGUGGAGCUAUUGUAGUGCAGCUGGCACAGCCCUACAUGAUUGGAUCAAUACGGUUGCUGCUUUGGGACUGUGAUGAUCGGAGCUACAGCUACUACAUUGAGGUUUCAACGAAUCAGCAGCAGUGGACCAUGGUGGUGGAUCGCACAAAAAUUUCCUGCAAAUCCUGGCAAACAAUCACUUUUGAUAAGCAGCCUGCAUCUUUUAUCAGAAUAGUUGGAACUCGCAACACAGCUAAUGAGGUGUUUCACUGUGUGCAUUUUGAGUGCCCAGCACAAAACAGUACCCACAAGGACGAGAGUAGUAAGGAAGUAGCAACAACAGAGGUGGGGACUGGUGGACAGUAGCUUGUUUCUCGCCCUGUUGGAGCUGCAAGCAUCUGGUUCCCUGCAUUCCCCUCCUGGAUCCACCUUGCAUCCUCAUGUUCACCAACCAUAAAGGAGGUUGAAAGGGAGCUUUUACAACCCCACUGACAUUCUGUGAAAUUAUUCAGAACCUCCUUGUGCUGGCACCUUUUCUUUCUUUGUGAAUGAAGGGGACCAUGUCUGAAAGCUGGAAGUAUUGAAAUGGAAAAGGCUUUCUCCCAAGGACAUGAAGAGACUGUUUCAUUCUCCUCGAUAUGUUCAAAUCAGGCUGGUCUCCAAGGGGGGAGAAAAUAGGUCUUCAAUCUUCAUCAAGUACCCCAUUAACACCCUACCUCUCUAGUCUAACCCAGGCAAGGAAAACAGAAGGAAAUAAAAUGCAGAGCUACAGUGGAAAUCUAAAAUUACUCAAGCAGAAUGGAAAGUAUAUAAAAUAAGUAUUUGUUCCCAGGAGGCUUUUAUUAGCAAAAAAAAUGUUUAUGGAACACAUCAGUCCAGAAUGUAUUUUAUUUUUAAAGUGAUUCUUCAUCCAUAUUCCUUUGUAACUAGUAAUUUGUUUUCGAAAUCAUUUUGAUUCUGUAUUCCAUUUAGUUUCUUAUUUUUGGCUAUAGCAAAUGCUGUACAGUAGAUUAAGGAAGUAUCAGACAUGCUUACCUGCUGAGAUGCAAAUUCUCUCAUUCAUCAGUGGGAUGACAAGAAAAGCAUUCAUUAUAUCAACAAACUAAUUAAUGUUUCUAUAUUAAUCUUGACCUUAGCUGACUUUUCAAAGUACAAAAUUGUCAUUUCCUACAUUCAAAAGGAAGUUUCUAAAUCAAACAUCCGUCUUGAAGAAAAUUGUAUUUUUUCACUCCUGAAGAUGAUUAUUUAAAUUUUGCCUGCUUAAGACAACUUGCAACAGAACAUCAAAAAUGUUUGGUUUAGAAAAGUGGAACUCCAUCUGGUCACUGACAAGCAGUUGUUCAAAUACCAAAAGAAGAAUUUGCAGAUAAUUUACAUUUUUCCAAAAAGAGUUGUUUUACAGUCUGGAGCUAAAAAUUCAAGGGCUGUGUAUGCAUUAACAUUUCUCAUGAUCUUCGUAAAAUGUGAUGCUUUUGCACCAUAUUGUAAAAGAUCUGGUUACUUUACAGUCACAGGAUUCAUUAUCCAUCCCUAUCUGUCUGGAUUACAUUGUCUGCUACUUUGCUUAUUCUGUUUUCUUCACACUGAUGAUGAUGUAGUCUCUUACUCUCCAGAUCUGCAUGACUUUUAGGAAGAACUCCACGUCAGUCUUUCAGUAUGGGAUAAAGAGAUUUUGUUUUAAGACAAACGCCGAUGUAAUUGGCAAAAUUGAUUAGGAUGCUUGUUCCUUCUCACAAAGUAUAUUAUAUUGGAAAUGUCAGCUAACCAGUUUUAUGAACUUGGAAUUUCCUAUGGUGAUAAAUAACCUUGUCAGAAGAAAACAAAGCUAGUGCAGGAUAAAUACGGUUUUCCUUUGCAUAACCAUAGUGAUAAAAUGAGUUAUAUCAACAUAGCAAAUUGUGUGCUAGUUUAUCACACUACUUAAUUUGAAAUAAUUUCCCUGUUGGAUACUAGUUGUGCUAAACCCAAGAAGAAAUAUAAUCACUGGUAGCAAUGAAUCAGAGGAUAUUUCAAAUAAGAAAAGCAUCCCUUUUCUUUCAAAUAAAAUUGAUUAGGCUUUAUCAAUAAUAUUCUAGUAUUUUUCAUUGCCAAAUUACAAUUUAGUUCUGUCAUUUGCAUACAGUUCCCUCCCUUCCCACUGCUGUGUUCUGACUUGUGAAUGUCUGUUGGUGAAGAUGGAUGCCCACUGUGCUGUAUAAAGCUUGUAAUUCAUGUGCCACAGCUGCCUUAGAUAGUGUGGAGUUCUGAGGCAGGAUACUGCUUGUGCCAGCCACCUCCCAGUCUGCAGGGCUGAUUACCUUAUGGCUUAACAGCCUUUGGAGCAUGGAAUAAUUGAGACCAGCUACUGAGGACACCACUCUCAUGUUUAUGCAUAAGUCCAAAAAGUUGGAAUUGUUUUCCCUUUAAAAUUAGCAAACUUUUUCAGUUGCGAUCCGUGCUGGAACUACUGAGAUGCCUGGAGCAUGUCUUGCUUUUGACAGAUAAGUCCUUGCAUGGCAGUGGUGAUAUUUCUUUGCAGUUCCAUCAAACAAGUCUGCUUUUCUCAAACUGUGGAUAAGCAAAGGGCAUAACUUCCUAGCUGUUAGCAUUUAGUAGCCACCGUGGUAGAGAACGUUAAAAAAACUAAAAUCAAAAAAGGUUGUGCCAUCUGUGGUCUGAGCCUAGGCUCUCAGAGAAAGAAUGGAAUUUUUCUAUUUGUAAUCUUUGAUGUGCACAGUUAAUUUUUAUGACACAAGUUAGUCUUGUAGGCUAUAAUCCAUGGAACAUCUGUUUGAUCUUGUCCUGUAACUCAUUGUGGAACAGAAAUGUCCCUUUAUUUCCCAUGGCAUUCACUCUCUGCCAAGAAUCUAGAUGAACAUAUCUGAGAUCCCCAAACCAAAAACUUUGAGGUCCUACUGACCCUUCAGUUUCCCACCCCCAUAAAUCUAUAAAAAGAUAAACCAACUUUGCAUUGUCCCUUCAUGCAGGUGAGUGGCAAGUUUUAGUAUUAGAUUUCUUUUCAAUCACAAUGGCUUUUCUCAGAGUCUUCAUUUUAUUUAGAGUUGCUCUAAACAACUCAGUUGAGAACCUGUCAUCAAGGUGACCCAAGUGAGCUCCCAGCCUUUUAAGGCAAGUCCUGCCACAAGCCCUUCACGCUUUCAACCUUUAUCCUCUUUAUUUAAAGAUAUAAUGUUUACAGAGAGCUGAACUCUACUGGGUCUUCUAAUAUUGCCCAGCAACAAACACCCCUAAUAUCUGUAUUGCCUAGAAGAGGUCUCUUGUCUUAAACAUUGUGUCACAAUGUGUUAGUAGUGACAAAGGAGGAUACAACUCAGAACUGAUUUGUGGGUUUGUGUGAAUGUUCUCAUUCUUUCUAAUUAUUGUCUGUAUUUAUUGACUUUUGAGUUCAGAUGUACUUCCUGUAUAUUCCUCUGAAGUUGGGGUUUUUUUCCCCUUUUUUAUCUUUUCCUUUCAGUGAAAGUAAGUUGUGCUGUUACGGCGUUGUAUCAGGGUUUAUCAAAGUGAUGGAAUGCUGUAAUUAUUCAGAACGGUGUAAUCACUUUUACUCUGUUUAGAACAAGGUUAGAGCAGAACUGACCAGGUACUCAUUGCUUUCUUAUCAGAAACUAUAAAAUAGACCUGUUGUUAGAGUUUUGCAUAAUGGAAAUAACUAUAAUGACAAUCCUGACCCAUUGAUUCUAUUUGGUUCUUCAGUAUCUUUAAAUUCCCCAGGCCUCUUUUUCUCAAUUUUACUUCCAUAGGUUGAAUUCAGGCUUAGACUUAACUCACGUGGAGCUCAGCAAAGGCCUUUCUAAAAUCUUUUUAUUUAGUUAACUUUUUCUAAAUGAAAAUAAAAGGUUUUUUAUUCACAGACUGUAGAGGAAAAUUAUUAUCUGAGGAAAUUAAUUUUUGAAGUGAGCAAACAUUGUGCAGCUUACAAUUUUUCAAGAUGCUUUUCAAGCCAUUUCCAAUCAGCUUUAACACAAGUUGAAAUGGCUGUUAAAUGGAAUUGCAAUGAGAGAAGUUAAUGCAAGUCUAAUGUUAAAGACAAUACAGAGGAGAAAUCACUAAUUUUGUUAGACUAAGAACUCUUCUUCAUUUGCCAUUUCCUUCCUUCAGAGCUCCAUUUCUUUCUUCGUUUCUCCAUGAAAAUCAUUGAGUUUUUCAUUAUGACAACAUGUAAGAGCUCAGUGCUUCUCAGAAUUGCUGAAAAAUUCAGUUUAAUGCAUCUUCAUCUUUACUAAUGACAACAUUAGAGAAUUUUCAGUUAAGUACCUGACUUGAUGAGAGUUGAUUUCCAUGAAAGAAAGCAAAAUAAGUCUGUAACUGUUUCAGUCUAAUUAAAUUUUCAGUACAAAAAUUAGAUGACAAAGUUUAUGCCAUUCUUGUCUGAUUGUUGUGUCUGGUUAUAAAGUGAUGCCCACUGAGAGACACUUAGUAAGAGAUUAGCUAGAACUUUGAUUUAAUUAGCUAUAGAUUGCAUUUCUCUAUGAGAGAAUUGGCUUAUAUUUUGACAGGUAUUAGCCUACUGUCAAAGAAACAAGUCAAUGCAUUGGUAAUUUUGUUGUUGUGGCUAGAGUAGUAAGCAACUGAUAGAGCCAGAAAGAGUUAAUAGAUCCAAGAGUAAACGUUUAGGCUUGUGUAUCAUCCUAUCAGUUGCCAGAGGACUAAACCAUGCUUCAAAAAUAAUUGUAGAUUCCAGAGGAUGCUUGAGGCCUGGUUUCUAUCCCCAUCUCUCAGUUAAUGGUUCUAUUUAGGUUUGAAUUGUUAGUUCUCUCUGAACUGAUUGUUGUUGUUGUCAGUUGUACUAGUUUACUCAUAUAUAAAUGGAAGCUCCACAAAUCUUUGUUCAGGAUACAGAAGGGAAGGUCCUGGGUCAAGUUUUAGGACUGCUUAAAGACCCAAAUAUAUAUGUGUGUGUGUGUGUAUGUGUGUGUGUGUAUAUGUGCAUUAAAUUGAGGUCCUAGCUAUUUAUUUAGCUUGCAUUUAGAAUAUAUUCUAAAGUUCCAAAAUGG